AUGUGUACUGAAAAAGGUUGUAGUGUAUCUGUGCAUACAACUCUUAACAAGGAAUUGAUAUGUUUAAAUGGUGUUCAUAAUCAUCUUUCAAGUCCAGAACAACUAGAAGCUAAACUUGUACGAAACAAAAUGAAAAAGCGAAUAUUAACUGAAACUAUACCCAUUACAAAAAUCUAUGAUGAAGAAAUAGUGAAAGCGAAGCUUUCAAAAUCAGCAGCAGCAAUUUUGCCAACUGUUAUCGAAUAUCGAUCUAAUAUGAGUAAAACACGUCGAAAAAUCACAUCUGUUAUACCAUCAACUGUUAUGAUCGAAAUUCCAGAGUUAUAUCAACAAACACUUUCAAAUGAACGAUUUUUAACAAUUGAUUUGUUUCUUAAACGUGGUCAAGAUAGAAUUCUUGUCUUUGCAAGUAAUCAACAAUUAGAAUUAUUAUUUGAAUUUUGUAUGGAAGAUUUACGAGUUGCUUUUUGUGUUUUACCAAAUAAACGUGGAAAAACGUAUACUGCACUUAUGGAACAAUUAAAAGAACAAGUUAAUAUUGUGGGAAAACAAUUUAAUCCAAAACGGUUUGUAACUGAUUAUGAACCUGGUUUAAUGCCUAUACUUGAGCAAGAAUUUCCUAAAGCACUUCACUCCGAUUGUAUGUUUCAUUUCAAUCAAGUAAUUCAUCGAAAAAUUACAGCUUUUGGUUUAUCGAGUGAUUAUUUACACAAUGAAAGUAUUCGUGAUCAAUGUCGCCAGCUAAUGGCUUCAAGUCUCACUCCGAUCGAUGAAGUGAAGAAUCAAUUUAAACGUUUACAAACAAUCAUGUCAACAUUAUUAGGUGAUUUACUACUUUACUUCAAGCACCAGUGGAUGUAUGGUGUUGUUCCUAUUGAAAUGUGGAAUUUUCAUAAUGUUGAUCAUCGAACUAAUAAUACAUCAGAAACUUAUAAUCUUCGUUUCGCAACUCGAUUGUCUAGAAAACAUCCAAAUGUUUGGAGUUUUAUACAAUUAAUUCAAUGUGAACAUGUUCGUUUUGAACAUACACUGAUACAACGUGAUGCUGGAGCAUCUAUCCCAAAACAGUCAAAAAAAAAAACAAAAGCUUUUCAAAUGAAAUUCAAUAACCUUAAAGAAAGAUUUCUGAAGAAAGAACUGAAUUGUAAUCAAUUAGUAACGGGUGUAUCAUUGCUAAUUGGAAACAAAAAAAACAGUAUCAGCCUUACUACAUAUCAUCGUCAUUUUAUUUUUCACUAA